AUGGCCCCGGCGGCGCCCGGCAGCCUCCGGUGCCGCUUGCCCGCCUGCCUGGGGCUCUUCCAGGGCGUCCUGCUGCUCUUCUUCGUCCUCUUCGUCUCCUACGACGAGCACGCGGACGCCGCCUCCCAGGCGGUGGACGCCGACCCCGGCGCCAACCAGCUCUACAGCGUCUUCCCCUUCUUCCAGGACGUCCAGGUGAUGCUGGUGGUGGCCCUGGGCCUCUUGCUGGCAUUCAUGCCGCGCUACGGGCUCGGCGCGCUCGCCUACAAUUUCCUGCUGCUCAACUUCUCCAUGCAGUGGGCUCUGGUCCUGCAGGGCUUGCUCUACCACUUCCACCACGGCAAGGUCCACAUGGGCCUCCACAACAUCCUCGUGGCAGAGUUUGCUGCGGUGACGGUGCUGAUCUCCAUCGGAGCCGUCCUGGGGAGAAUCAGCCCCUUCCAGCUCCUUCUCGCCGCCUUCUGUGAAAUCCCCGUCUACCUCGCAAGCGAGUGGGCCAUCAUGACCUGGCUGAAGGUCCUCGACGUGGGAGGAACCAUCACCAUCCACAUCUUUGCAUGCUAUUUUGGCCUCGGCAUGUCCAAGGCUCUGUUCCGGCCAGGAAAGCAGCUGAGGCUUCGCAAGGAAAACCCAACUUACCAGUCCGACCUCCUGUCCCUCACCGGGAUGCUCUCCCUCUGGGUUUUCUGGCCCAGCUUUGUGGCUGCCCUUUGCCAGCCGGGGGAUGCCCAGCACCGGGCAGUGCUGCACACCAUCCUCGCGCUCAGCGCCAGCGCCCUGACCACCUUCCUGGCCUCCGGGCUGCUGGAGAGACGCGGCAAGCUCAGCGUGGGCCACCUGCAGAACGCCAGCCUCGCCGGAGGGGUGGCCAUCGGGGCGCUGGCCAACAUGAUGAUCACGCCGGCCGCCGCCUUGGCCCUGGGCAGCCUCUCGUCUCUGGCCUGCGUCCUCGGGUUCAAAUUCCUGGCGCCCUUCUUGGCGAGGAGGCUCGGGCUCCUGGACCAGUGCGGCAUCCACAACCUCCACGGGCUGCCCGGCAUCAUCGGCGCGGCGGCCGGCGCGGUGGCCAUCCUGCUGGCCUCCGAGGAGACCUACGGGCAUCGCUUCUACCAGGUCUUCCCGGCCCGCGGGCCGCCCGGGGGCAACGCCAGCCUGGCGGCGUCCCGGCCGGGGGCGAAGCCGGGCCGGAGCGCCUCGGAGCAGGCGCUCUUCCAGGCGGCCGGGCUGGCCGUAGCCGUCGGCGGCUCCCUGCUCGGGGGGCUCCUCACCGGCACGCUGCUCCGGCUGCCCGGCCUGGCCCAGCCGCCCCAGCAGCUCUGCUCGGACGACGCGCUUUACUUCGGGAUCCCGGACGCGGCCGAGGCCUCGGAGCCGGACGGCCCCGCGGAGGAAGCCCGCCUGGCCCUGAAGGAGCGGGUUUAA